UUAUACGGUACACAUCGGUGUUUGGUGCUCAGUUUUCCCAUAUGGCUAGAUUUGAUACUGAUCAGUCACCAAAAUGCUCCGAAUCCUGCUUACAUGUCUGGUGCUUAUCAGUCGAGUGGAGAGUAACUGGGAAGCUGAAAACAGUGAUGCAAAUCUGGGAUUUAGUCUCAUCAACAUGACAUGCAACGACGCUAUGGAUUUGUGUCAACACUAUGUUAUUGUGUCCCUCAAUAGUCGUGAGGUCUUAGCAGUUUUCGAAUACACGAAGGACCCUUACAAAUUCCAGGUCAGUGUUCGAGAAGGGAUACAAAGUAAAGACUGGAGCUUUUUUCAGGACGACUUGGAUGGGAAGUAUCGAUGGUGCGAAUCCUUCGACUCUGAAGCAAGCUGGGAAUUCGACUACUCACGGAGAUACACGGCUUGCUUCGAAAACUCCUUUGAUGAUAUUUCCAUACCCGAAGGAUGCGCUAAGCCGCUUGCCGUCGUAACUUAUGACACUCAUCUUUACGAUGACAAAGUGCGCGGCCAGCAGAUGCUGCUCUGUCUGCCCUAGUUUGCAUGGUUGUAAUCAAAUCAUCACGGGUCAUAGUAAGCAGGAAUGUUGACCAAACAUUCAGGAGUCGAAUUUAGAAAUUCAACUUUAUGAAACUAUUAUAUCGCAGACUUCCUAUAUCUUCUAGGAUCUGGGGUUUUCCGACCAGCCCACCACAUCCUUCCCGGAUAUACCUUUAUGCUGCUGCCAUAUUUCAGUCAUGUUCCCAGGCCCUGUAUAUUCAAUAACGGUACUGAAUGGUAAUAUUUUUUGUGCAAAAAGAAGCCAGACUAUUUUCCUUCCAGCCUCGCUUGGAUUACGUUGAUUUGAAUGGGAAAAAUCAAGAUGGCCUCAACAUGAUAAUGGUCUAUUGCCAAUUGUCACAAGCACAUUAUAUAGGCUGCACCUAUAAACCUUGGCUGCCGCGAUCGACCAAACGAGCCCCAGUAUACCUGUACGAAGAUGCCAACCUAGACUUCGCGAAUCGUCCCUAAAAGAGAGAGCUCACUUCUUCUAUAUCCUAAACCCCCGAACAGACUGUCUGCAACGUGUGAUUGACCUGUGAUUGACUAGAUUACGACUCUGCUCUUUGAAACUUUCAGCCCCAUAUCAGAUAGACACGUCACAUUUGCGGAGUUAUCAAGGGGCCAUACUAUAGACCUUUAUCAUGCAGCCACCAUUUCAGUCAUGUUCCCUGUAUCUAGUAACAGUACUGACUGAUAAUGUUUCAUGUGCAAAAAGGAACCAGCCUAUUUUUCCCUUCCAGCCUCGCUUUGGUUGAUUUGAAUGGGACAAAAUCGAGAUGGCCACAACAUGAUAAUGGUCUAUUAUUAUUAUUAUUAUUGUUAUUAUUAUUAUAAUUGAAUAAGUGGGCAAGUUUUGGUAAUUAAAGUGGACAGACGUUAUGAGAUUGAUUAUGUUAUACUUUAAAAUAAGUAUAUAGUUGUCAAACUUUUGCUGUUGUAUUUCUAGUAUGAUUUCCAUGUAGUUAUUUCGGUAUUUCACAUCAUUGUGGAUGGAUAAUAGAUACACCGCACGUUGGUUGGGUUCAGAGAUGUUCAUUACAGCCUGAUGACGUAUGCACCAAUACACAAUAAUUUCAUUUAAUUUCAGUAUAUUUAUUUUUAAAAAUUGUUCUCUAUAAACUUCUAUACAACUUUAAUAAAAAAAAUACACCAGCACGCACCGGUAUAUAACAGAUUAGAUAUAUAUUGUGACUAAUAACUUAUACUUAUUAGAUACUAUUUUCCAUGCAUAGUCCUCAAAAGAAUUGGUACAAAUUCUUGUUUCCUUUAAUUAUUGAAGCAAUAACCAUGAAGUUCUUUCUUUCACAAUCAUCGUUAUUUAUGUUUGUCAUAUUGCAUCUAUUCUUGUAAAUUUUAAAAUUGAAUUCAUCAGUUUAAAUUUAAUUCAUCAACUUUCUCUUAAUUCAUUAAUUCAUGAAUUUAAAAUUAACCCGUCAAAUUAAAAUUAAUUCAUCAAAUGUAAUUUAUUCAUCAAUUACGAUUAAUAGACCUUUAAUUAAUACAUAAAAUUAUACUUCGGUGGAGGUCAAACUCGAUAUGUACAGUCGAAGACUGAUAAUAAGUUUGUUUUUCUUUGUUUUCCUUUGUUUUCCAAUAGAAGAUACUGUUAUAACAAGGUCAUUUGUAAGUCCCAAGGACCGUUACAAAGGUGUUCGACUGUAACUAUUAAUAUUGGCGUUCUCUAUAUAAUACUCGCCCGUCAGCACCAUUUUGUCAUUCUUAAAGUAUCAGUCACAGACAAUGUACUGCUAUCAUAUCAGGCGCGGUUCUAGAACCAAUAUUUUUUUU